AUGAUUUACAUGUGGAAACCAGAUCCCCUGACACAUGCGGGGCUGUAUAUCUGCCUUGUCUGCGGCUUUGCGCAUUACUGGCUCACAACAGUUUUCUGCAUCGGGCUCAGCUGGUCUCCCUCGGAUGUGCCGGAUCAUCCGCGUGGUUCCAUCCGGCUGAGAGGAGCCAAUGUGACCACUGACGACACGUGCAAUUUUGCUAUUCAGAAGUUGGGCGAUCAGACAUUUCAUUUGAAGGCCAAUUCGGAGGUGGAACGUCAGCGAUGGAUUACCGCGGUUGAACUGGCCAAAACGCGGGCAAAUAAGGCUGGAGUGGACGAUUCAUCUGGAAAUGAACCGGACGAAGAUGAUGAAGAAGAGGACGUUUCGAAGAGCGAUCUUCAGGCGGUAAUCCGGAAUCUGAGUUCGAAAAUCGACGAGCUGAACGCGUGCCACGAACAGAUCAGUAAGCAAGGUCGCGCACUGCAGGGAUUGAUUGUGGAAUUGGAGAAUUUAUCAAUUCCGCCGGACGCCAGUGCCAAGGCUAAGGCGGUUGUCGAACGGGCCACAUUGUUCCGGCUAACCAGCACAGCCCUAUUGAACGCUUCCAAAGAGUUCCUGACUAUGGCGCAGAGUGAAGGGAAGAAAUGGCAGAAGAUGCUGGGUCAUGAACACGACCAGCGCGUCCGGCUGGCUGAGAUGGUAGAGCAGCUGGCCAAGCAGCACAGCAGUCUGGAGGAGGCCGCUAAGGCUGAGGCGGCCAAAUCAUCCACCAUGAAAGGCAGCCAGCCCGGUGGGAGCAGUGCCAAUUCGGGUAAACCGAUUGCCACAGGUCCAUCCGACGAGGACGAAUUCUUUGAUGCGCAGGAUAAUUUUCCUGAAGAGUUUGUCGUCUCUGUGUCCAUUCCUCACUCAGAAGGAGCUUCCGUUAAAACACACAACCAAGACGAGCAAGGUGACACCGAUGGAGGUCAACAAAACGCCACCGAAACCGACUCAGAUGUUAACGAAAGCGGCUCGUGCAGCGGAGAUUCAACAGAAAACAAUGGCACCACGUCCAAUCAAGACAUUGAAGAGAAUAGUCGCAACGACUUCGACGAUGGCGACGAAGUCGACGACGUAAAAACCAAAGAUUGCAAUGAAUCCAGCAGAGAAGAUCUGGAAAAGUGCGAGUGUGACCGAUGUGCGCCCCUUACGCCAACGCCGUAAUUCUAUCUGAAUCGCUCCAGUAAUUGGGCAUACGUCGCAUCAACAUCCGCAAUGGAUUUGGCGCCAAGAAUAUUACAUUUUCCGCUAUUAAAGAUAACGCAUGUAGCUUUUUUCAUUCUCAGUGUUAAACCGGGAAAUAAUGACGGAUCAUAAAAUUCCACAAAAUUAAUUGCUUGUAUUGUAUCGAGCUUUUGCUUUUGUAUUUGACAAGUGGCAGUUAUAUUGACGAUCCGAAAGUUUGUUAUUUUUGCUUUAUAACCGAAUCGAAGCAGCUUUCUGUGAUAACAAUGCAAAAUUUCCAUUGUUUGCUCUUCGCUUUUACCCCCAUUGACCGUGAUUUUACCAGUGCUGUAUAA